AUGUCGCUGCGCUUGGGGUUGUUUUUUGUGGCUUUAAUUGGCCUGGUAAUUCUCGCGGAAUCCGCCUUUAUUAAUCCCCACAUUGUGGGUGGCGAUCAGGCGGACAUCUCGGAUUAUCCUUACCAGGUUUCUGUUCGCCUGGAGACCUACAUGCUGCUCCAUAUCUGCGGAGGAAGUAUCUACGCCCCAAAAGUUGUGAUUACUGCUGCCCACUGCAUUAAGGGAAGAUAUGCCUCGUAUAUCAGGAUUGUUGCUGGUCAGAACUCGAUCGCUGAUUUGGAGGAGCAAGGCGUGAAGGUCAGCAAGUUGAUUCCCCAUGCUGGAUACAAUAAGAAGACGUAUGUCAACGAUAUCGGUUUGAUUAUCACCCGAGAGCCCCUGGACUACUCCACUCUGGUGCAACCCAUUGCGGUGGCCUUGGAGGCGCCUCCCUCAGGAGCUCACGCCAUUGUGAGCGGUUGGGGCAAGCGGACCGAGGAGGAUGAGGCUUUGCCAGCCUUGCUUCGGGCCGUUGAGCUGGAGAUCGUAGAGCGGAGCACCUGUGGGGCUCAGUACCUAACCAAGGAGUACACGGUCACCGAUGAGAUGAUCUGCGCGGGAUAUCUAGAAGGUGGAAAGGACACCUGCAAUGGCGAUUCUGGAGGCCCUCUGACUGUAGACGGAGUACUUGUAGGCAUCGUGUCCUGGGGCGUCGGUUGCGGUCGAGAGGGAUUCCCUGGAGUCUACACUAGCGUCAAUUCCCACACCGCUUGGAUCGAGGAGCAAGCGGAACAAUAUCUCUAAAGAGAGAUUAAAAACAUAAAAGCUUAAAGCGAACAAAUUAAACGAACAAAAUAUUACUUUACAAAAUUAAUAAAAACACAAUGAGCAUUUAUAAGAACACCGCUUCGUAUAUAGUAUUAUCAAAUAUAUUAAAAGACAGAAUUGAAAUACGUUCCACUAAGUGUUAAGACUUUUAACUUGUGUUGUUCUGUAUUAAAAAAGUUUUUUGCAAUUCAA